ACGCAACCAGGGCGGCCCCCAAAAGUUCGGGUCGAAAUUAUCGACCCAAAUUUCCGAGGCUGUCUUUUUUCCAUUGACAGAUGUAAUCAGAUCAAAACGAUCGCAAGAUUUUUGUCGUCAAUUUACCCGGGAUGCUGCGGCAGCCUCUGAAAAUUGG